UGCACCUCGGGUUUCGUCCUAUCUUAUGUCCUGUACGUACAGUACCUACCUGCAGCAGGAUCCUUGUCUACCACGGGGACACUGCAGGGAUCUUUCGUCCUUCGAGGACUAAGACUUUACUGCAUAAGUCUGCCCCUAUCACUCAGUUCCUCCGACACAGAAGAGACUGGGGUCGAAGACGGAUUGACGACUGCAUGAACAAGGCGAAAGCCACCCAGCCUCGUCUCGAGCAAACACACGUGUUGAGAUACAGACAGACGGUUUCCAUCCACUUCUCCAUGGGCUAGAAUGUGACUAGCUUGCACUGAACAUGGCACCAGUCUAUCCUCCGGCUACCCCUCACCGAAAAAAGAAAAGACAUAUGAAGCCCUGGACGCCCCCAUGAGCCCCUCAGUGCGUUUCUCUCUGUAUUCCACUCCCACCUUGUCACCAAAAUCAUGACGAAUCCAUCUGUUUCCACUAUCUUGGAAGACUUGGCCGCAGCAGGCAAGGCCUAUAACCAGGCCGAGCCUGGCUCCCGAGAAGCCCUCAUUGAUCGCAGCCGUGCGCUGGUGGCCGCGCUGGAGAUGCCCAGUGAAUUUAUUCAACGCAGCUUCUGGGCCGAGCCCGCCAUGUCCGCCGUCAUCCGCAUCGCCGUGGACGUCCAACUAUUCCAGCUACUCCGCGACGCAGGGGAGGCGGGCCUGAGCCCGUCCGAGCUGGCCGACAAGACGGGCGUCGAAGUCGUGCUCCUGCAGCGGUUGACGCGCCACCUGGUGGCGAUGUACCUGAUCAGCUUCCAUGACGGCGCCUUCCACGGCACGGCGCUGAGCGACCAGCUCGCGGCGGACAACUACCAAGACAGCAUCUCCUUCUGCUACGACACGGCGCGCCCGUCCUUCAACAACUUCCCCGCCUUCUUCCAGAACACCCACUACCGAUCCCCGACCGUGGGGAGUCUGGACGGGCCCUUCCAGCGCGCCCAUCACACCGCGCUCCACUUCUUCGACUGGCUGGUGGCCAACCCGCCCAACCUGCCGCACUUCGACUCCUUCAUGAGCGCCUACCGCGCCGGCAAGCCCAACUGGUGCGACCCGGGCUUCUACCCCGUCGCCGACCGCCUGAUCGCCGGCUUCGAGCCCAGCAGCAGCAGCAGCGACGCCAGCGACGCCGACGACGCCGAAGGCGUUCUCCUCGUCGACGUUGGGGGCGGCCGAGGCCACGACGUAACCAUCUUCACGCAGCAAUAUCCGACGCACCCGGGGCGAGUCAUCCUGCAGGACCGCGAGCCCGUGAUCGCCGCCUUAGCUCCUGCCACCACCACCACCACCAGCCCGAAACCCACAUUCACCGCGCAGGCCCACGACUUCUUCACGCCGCAGCCCAUCGCCGGGGCGCGCGCCUACUUCCUGCACUCGAUCCUGCACGACUGGGACGACGAGCGCGGGGUGCAGAUCCUGCGGAACCUGGUGCCCGCGCUGCGCCGCGGCUACUCGCGGGUGCUGCUGAACGAGAUCGUGGUCAGCGAGGAGCGGCCGACGCUCGCGGCCACGAGCAUGGAUCUGAUGAUGCUGGCGCACUUCGCCGUGCGCGAGCGCACCGAGCGCGAGUGGCGCGCCAUCCUGCUCCGGGCGGGGCUUCGCGUCGUGGAGAUCUACACCUACCCCGGGGUGGCGGAGAGUUUGAUUGAGGCGGAGUUGGUGGCUUGAUGUCUCAGGAUCUUGAUGCUUUUAGCGUGUUGUUUUUUGUUCUGUGGGCCAGGCACAGAGGUCGGUCGGUCAGUCAGACAGUCAGUCAGACAUGGGGGUUGAAGUUAGCUGAGCUGAGCUGUGUGAUUCGAUUGCAGCGGCAAAGAGCUAAACUAAACCAGCUACAACCUCGUUUCCACGAUUCCAACCUCUCUUGACUUUCUAUUUUGAUAGUUAGAUGAGAGAUCGUCGGUGAGGACAGUAUACUACAGUACAGUACACAGUAACUAACUACAGUCCGG